UGGAUGUUUGCCCCCUUCCUCCUUUUCCUGGCUGAGCUCAGCUCUGGCUCCCAACCCACCUACCAAUGGAAAGAUGUUGUGACGAAGGAGAAGCUGACCUGCCAGCAGUGCCCGCCGGGGACCUUCGUGGCACAGCACUGCACCAGGGACAGACAGACGCUGUGUGAGCCCUGCCCGGAGCUGCACUACACCCAGUACUGGAACUACCUGGAGAAGUGCCGGUACUGUAACGUCAUCUGUGGGGAGAAGCAGGUGGAGGUCCAGCCGUGCAAUUCCACCCACAACCGUGUCUGUCAGUGCCAGGAGGGCUACUACUCGGAGAUGGAGUUCUGCAUCAGGCACUCCGAGUGUCCCCCGGGCUCCGGCGUAGAGAAACUGG